GCCGCUGGGAGAGUUGGGGUUGGGGAGAGUUGGGGAGAGACGGUGGAGGGCGCAGAUCCGGGGGGAAGUGCGGGUCCCAAACUGGAAACGACGCAAACCUGAGUCUCUGGACGGAGCCUCCGCGUCUCCAUUACGCGUCUGGACACGGCACGGAGCGCGCACACGCCGCGGCGCAGACCCUCAAACUUGGGACAGUAUUUGUCGUGCUCGUGGGGCUGGACUGAGGCUGCUCCACUGUCGCCCUGUUGGAACAAGGCUCAGGCGAAGCGGAGAGGACAAUGAAGGACUAAACGCGCCCGUGGCCUCGAUCCGCGCGUUUAAAAAGUGCUGCUCACUGCGUUUUGUGGCGUUUUUCUCCGUGUGGUUCGUGCGAUGCGCCUGCUGCUGUAGAAGCCGCUUGUUGACAAACAGUUUUUGCAAGUUUCCAGCAGCAGCAGCAGCAGCAGUGUCCCCGAAGCGCAGGCAAAAUGUCCACGCCGAGGUUCAAAAAGGAUAAAGAGAUUAUCACAGACUAUGAAAGCCAAGUGAAAGAGAUCCGGGCACAGUUGGUGGAGCAGCAGAAAUGUCUGGACCAGCAGACGGAGAUGAGGGUCCAGCUCCUUCAGGAUCUCCAGGACUUCUUCAGGAAAAAGGCCGAGAUCGAGAUGGAAUAUUCCCGAAACCUGGAGAAAUUAGCCGAGCGCUUCAUGGCAAAAACCCGCAGCACAAAGGACCAUCAGCAGUACAAAAAAGACCAGAACCUUCUGUCUCCGGUGAACUGCUGGUACCUGCUGCUGAACCAGGUGCGGAGGGAGAGCAAAGACCACGCCACCCUGAGCGACAUCUACCUCAACAAUGUCAUCAUGAGGUUCAUGCAGAUCAGCGAGGACUCCACGAGGCUCCUCAAGAAGAGCAAGGAAAUUGCGUUUCAACUUCAGGAAGACUUGAUGAAGGUCCUGAAUGAGCUGUACACGGUGAUGAAGACGUACCACAUGUACCACUCCGAGAGCAUCAGCGCCGAGAGCAAACUGAAAGAGGCGGAGAAACAGGAGGAGAAGCAGAUCGGCCGAGGAGAACCCGUCUUCAGCAUCAGGAUGGAGGACAAGUACCAGCGCCGCAGCUCCGUCAAGAAGAUCGAGAAGAUGAGGGAGAAGCGCCAGGCGAAGUACUCCGAGAACAAACUCAAGUCCAUCAAAGCGAGGAACGAAUACCUGCUGACGCUAGAAGCCUCCAACGCCUCCAUUUUCAAAUACUACAUCCACGACCUGUCAGAUCUAAUUGAUUGCUGUGACCUCGGGUACCACGCCAGUCUGAACCGAGCUCUGAGGACGUACCUGUCGGCCGAAUACAACCUGGAGACAUCACGGCACGAGGGUCUGGACAUCAUCGAAAACGCAGUGGACAGUUUGGACCCGAGGAGCGACCGGCAGAGGUUCAUGGAGAUGUUUCCGACAGCGUUUUGCCCGCCGUGCAAGUUUGAGUUCCAGCCUCACAUGGGAGACGAGGUGUGUCAGGUCUCAGUGCAGCCGCCCGUUAACGGAGAGUUAAUAUUGAGGUUUCAGCAGCUGCAGUCUCGACUCGCGACUUUAAAGAUCGAAAACGAAGAGAUUAAGAAAACAUCGGAGGCGACGCUAACCACGAUCCAGGACAUGGUGACGAUCGAAGACUACGACGUGUCCGAGUGUUUUCACCACAGCCGCUCCACGGAGUCGGUCAAGUCCACGGUGUCCGAGACGUAUUUGAGCAAACCGAGCAUCGCCAAGAGGAGGGCCAACCAGCAGGAGACGGAGCAGUUCUACUUUAUGAAAUUCCGGGAGUUCCUGGAGGGCAGUAACCUCAUCGCCAAACUCCAGGCCAAACACGACUUGUUGAAGCGGACACUCGGCGAAGGUCACAGAGCGGACUACAUGACCACGAGACACCCAAAUGGGGCUUUCAGAACGCUCCCAGGCUCCCGUCGGCCCAGGCCGCGCUCUGUUUUUAAUGUUAGAUUAUUUAAUGGAAAUUUGGAGUCGUUUAUCAAGGAUUCUGGACAGGCCAUCCCCCGUGUGGUCGAGAGCUGCAUUCGCUACAUUAAUUUAUACGGUCUCCAACAUCAAGGAAUAUUCCGCGUGUCUGGGUCGCAACUGGAAGUCAACGACAUUAAAAACUCCUUUGAAAGAGGAAAUGACCCACUGACAGACGAAGAGAACAACCACGACAUAAACUCAGUGGCUGGCGUCCUCAAACUGUACUUCAGAGGCCUGGAGAACCCGCUGUUCCCCAAAGAACGCUUCAAUGAACUGCUCUCCUGCAUCAGAGUGGACAACCUCUAUGAACGAGCUUUGUACAUCCGGAAGAUUCUUCUGACCGUCCCUCGAUCGGUUCUGGUCGUCAUGCGCUACCUCUUUGCUUUCCUCAACCAUCUGUCCCAGUACAGCGACGAGAACAUGAUGGACCCUUACAACCUGGCCAUCUGCUUCGGUCCGACCCUGAUGCCGACCCCGGACUGUCAGGACCAGGUGUCGUGUCAGGCCCACGUCAACGAGAUCGUCAAAACCAUCAUCAUCCACCACGAGACCAUCUUCCCCGACGCCAAAGAGCUGGACGGGCCCAUCUACGAGAAGUGCAUGGCGGGAGGAGACUACUGCGAGAGCCCGUACAGCGAGCACGGAGCGCUGGAGGAGGUGGACAACGAGGGAGGGACGGAGGCGCACACCAGCGAGGACGAGGGUGAGCCCAUUGAAGCGAUCGCUAAGUUCGACUACGUGGGGCGCUCGUCGCGGGAGCUGUGCUUUAAGAAGGGGGCGUCUCUUCUUCUGUACCAGCGAGCGUCUGAGGACUGGUGGGAGGGACGCCACAACGGCAUCGACGGCCUCGUGCCGCAUCAGUACAUCGUCGUACAGGACAUAGAUGACAACUUUUCGGACACUCUGAGUCAGAAGGCAGACAGCGAGGCGAGCAGUGGCCACGCCGCCGAGGAGAAGUGCUCGGGGAAAGACAUCAACUCACCCACGGACACGCGCAUCUCCGAGGCCUACAUUAGCAGACACAGAAAGAGGUCUGACCCACCGUCUCGACGCCCCCCCGCCCGUCCCACUGACGUCCUCUGUAUGGUCCAUCCGUCUCAGCAGGGACACGGGGGACACGGGGGGCACGGAGGACACGGGGGGCACGGAGGACACGGGGGCACUCCUGAAAUGGGCUCCCCAGUUCUGGGUCACUUCAGUCCCCGUGACGUGCUGCGCAGUCGGAACCACCUCCCCGUGGACAGCCCGGAGCGCAGGAGACGCACGGGCCACGGGAGUCUGACCAACAUCAGUCGCCACGAGUCUCUGAAGAAGAUGGAGAGCCCGCCCAUCCGCCGCUCCACCUCGUCGGGCCAGUACACGGGCUUUUCGGACACGCACCAUCACCACGGGGGCAAAGGCCUGGACCCGGAGACCAUCGCACAGGACAUAGAGGAAACCAUGAACACUGCCCUGAACGAGCUGCGUGAGCUGGAGAGGCAGAGCUCGGCCAAACACGCCCCCGAUGUGGUGCUGGACACUCUGGAGCAGAGGCAGAGCGGCGGGGGUCCCGCCCACGGCUCCGGCGAGUCUCUGAGCCCCAUCCACGGAGUCCUGCUGCGGCCCACCGCCCACACGGAGCCCCCCAUGCGCCGCAGCGCCAGCUCCUCCAGCGACGCCAUGAGCACCUUCAAACCCGCCGUGACCCCGCGCAUGGGAGUCCAGCUCAAGCCCCCCGCGCUGAGGCCCAAGCCCCUGGUCAUGCCCAAAACCAGUCAGGCUCCACAGGGCCCGGCCACGCCCACUCAGGACCCCCUGGACAAGUCCUGCACCAUGUAGCACCUCCCACCUGGAAGUACUCUGAGACAAAAUACUACGAGAGAUGUGUGUUCAGAGGACGGUGGGUCUAAAACCAACUAAAGCUGAGGGGACGGGCGGGAUCGAGCGGGGACUCUGUGGGGACCAUGUGGGACUGUGUGGGGAUUGAACUGGGACUAUGUGGGGACUGUGGGGACUAUGUUGGGACUGUGCAAGGACUUUAUGGGGACUGUGCAAGGACUAUACCGGGACUGUGUGGGGAUUCAGCAGGAACUAUGUGGGGACUUUGUGCGGACUGUGUGGACACUGCCGUGAUUGAGCGGGGACUGUACAGGGACUAUGUUGGGACCUUGUGUGGACUAUGUGGGGACCAUGUGUGGACUGUGCAGGGACUUUGUAGGGACUAUGCAGGGACUGUGCCAGGACUGUGUGGAGACUAUGUAGGGACUAUAUGAGGACUCUGUGGGAUUGCAGGGACUGUGCGGGGACUAUACAAGACUGCCAGGACUGUGUGUGACUAUAGAGGGACUGUGGGGGACUGUCUGGGACUUCAAGACAAUAUGGGGACUCAGUGUAACUCCCGGGGCUGUGCGGGGACUAUGUAGAGACUAUACGGGGACUCUGUGGGAUUGCAGGGACUGUGUGGGGACUAUACGGGGACUAUGUGGAGACUCUGGGAGACUGUGCAGGGACUAUGUUGGGACCUUGUGGGGACUGUGUGGGAACUGAGCAGAGACUAUGUGGGGACCAUGUGUGGACUAUACGGGGACUAUGUGGGGACUCUAUGGGGACUGUCUGGGGACUGUCUGGGACUGCAGGGACAAUAUGGGGACUCAGUGGAACUCCCGGGACUGUGUGGAGACUAUGUAGAGACUAUACGGGGACUCUGUGGGAUUGCGGGGACUAUACGGGACUGCGUGGGACUAUAAAGGGACUUUGUGGGGACUGUUUGGGACUGCAAGGACUAUAUGGGGACUCUGAGGAACUCCCGGGACUGUGUGAGGACUAUAUGGAGACUCUGUGGGACUUUGCAGGGACUAUGUGGGGACCGUGUGUGGACUAUGUGGGGACUCUGUGGGACUGUGUGGGACUUUCAAGGACAAACCCACCAGAAAAAAUCUAUUUGUUGACAAUUCCUUCCCAGAAAAUGUGCACACACAGUUUUGUGUACUUUUAGUCAGUUUGUGUUGGCGAUUUUCUUUCUUGAAACAACAAAUCACGAAGGCUUCCUUUAGAGUUAAAUAAAACCUGCCACUAAACAUCUUUCCACUGCUUGUUUACCUUUUAAACUAGAACGAUCUCACCGUCGUGUCACACGAGCCACUGGGCGAAUAUAAUAUUUACGAUAAUCGAGGUGCUGCAACUCAACGGAUGUAAACAGUUAAACUCGUAAUUUAAGGUACUUUCUUAAUACAUUUGUGGUACUGAUAAACCAAACUUUUGUAUUCACUUGUUAGCAUAGCAUCUUUCCAUAAUCGUGCAAAUGUACAGAAAUAACUAUAUAAAUAACAUUUUAACUAUUAUUGCCUGGAAUGGAAUAUAAUGGGUAAAACCACUCGAACUUUUCAUUUAAGUAUUUUCAGUUUGUCUUUAAAUAGUUCCAGAUAAUGCAGAAUAUUAAAGCUGUAUAAUGUGUAUCAAUGUAAAAAGAAAAAUACGACGAACCUGCAAUAUAGAAUAAAGACUAUUACAGAACAAUAUGUACUUUUCCGCUUGGCUUCACCGACCCAAAGAGUAAACGAGCCGCAGCGUUGUGUGUAUAGACUCAUGGCGUCCUGUCGUGGGAGCGCCGUAGCCAUGGACCUGAUGACUGUUAGUGUAAAGACUAAUGCUAAUGCUAAUGCUAAUGCUAAUGUUGUGUUCUCUCUGCUCCUCGCGUCGCUCUAUCUGCUAUUCUUAGUUCGCUAACGCUAACGCCAAGAGCCUCAUCAAACAAUAUGUGCCACAAUUUCAAACGUCUGACUGUGAGCCUCGUUAAAGUCGAAGAUAAAGUGUUUGUGUGGAGCGUUUCACAGGUGGAAUCCGAGUUUACACCAUCACUGACUUGACAAUGUGUGAAUAAAGAUUACUAACUUGUAUUAUUUUUAUAAUCCUAACAUUUUAUUUUAUUUUUCAGUGUAGAAAAAUGUAGAAAUAUUAGCCCACAGUUGUAAAUAUCGUGCUCUCGUCACCGUAACAUCACCAAACGUUGGACUCUUGGCAAUAAGCUGCUCUGUGGUGGUCUGUACUUGUGAAAGUGCCUUUUUAAAACGAUAGAGGACUCUGUACAAGACUCUGUAAUGUCUAUAGAGAAAAUAUAAAGCAAAGUAAUAAUUUCAUUCUACAGCUGAUUCAUUGUGACAUUGCACUUUGUGUAAAUAUGUGUAAAUACGGCAUGUUCCAUCAUGUAGAGACUCUGGGACCUGUAGCUCAAACCAUGUCUUUCUAAUAAAGGAAAUAGUUUGUU